CUGUCAGCCGGCUCGCAUCAUUGAUAAGUGAGCAAAAAUUCGUGCCGCACGUAUCGUCAUCACUAAUUAAUCAAUUAAUUCAUUAAGUAUUAAACAUUUCCAAGUGGAAAAGUUAAUUAAAAAUGAAAAUCGGUUAGUUUGAUUUAAAAUAAACUAAAACUGUGUGUACUCAUGGAUAAUUAUCAUAUAAGUUGAUUAAAUUAAAAUUUAGUCGUUAAUAUUAUUUGUUUAAUAUUUAAAUAUAUUAAGUAGUUAAUUAAAAAGUUAAAUUUAAUUUUUUGAAGUGUUUGAGUGUAAAAUGCGAGAUCUAAUAAGAAGUUACAAAAUGCGUUUGAGUCGUAAACCAUCGGCGUCUGAUAGUGAUGCAGAGAGCCAACCGCUCACGAGUUCCAUUUCUUCAACUGCAAGUUUUGGGACUGUUAAUGAGCGAUGCAUAUUUCCUCAAGACUCGGACAUGACCGACAACGAGUUCGCCAAUCAACGCCGAUGCAUGAGCGAUCAAGAACUGCAGAAUAUGGCCCGCUUUGGGAAAUCAACAUCGCCCGACUUUUCUUUCCUGCAGCAACCGUCUCACAACGUCUGCAAUCGUCUUCAGUAUUUCUACAAAGGCUCCAAGAGUGUCAUCAUCGACGAUUCACUCCGACUCAAUUUCUGUGAUUACAAAGGAAACGCUACCAAGAAAAUUAAUGACGUUCCAAGACUUCAAAGAUGCUUCAAAAAUGAAGAAUCUUUUGAACAUGUCACCGUAGAAGAACCAACGCAAAGCUCGCUGGUUACAAUUUUUGCGAUAUGGAAUACAAUCAUGGGAUCGUCGCUGUUGGCGAUUUCCUGGGGGCUGGAAAAGGCCGGUCUCGUGCCUGGUAUUAUUCUGAUUCUGCUCAUUGCUGCCAUUUGUCUGUACACUUCUUACGUCAUACUGAAGGUCAACGAAAGUUACGGCAUUUACAGAAAUAAUGAAGUACCAGAUCUCUGCCGUUUGUUAAUCGGUCGUUGGGCUGAAAUGAUCGCAAAAAUCUUCUCUCUCAUCGUGCUAAUCGGCGCGAACAUUGUUUACUGGAUUCUCAUGUCGAACUUUUUGUACAAUUCCGUUACAUUUGUUCAUGAUUACAUCUACUCAAUAGAAGACACACUGGUCACAAACUCGUCCUACGAAGUGAUAUGCCCGAAAAACUAUCAACCAAACACAACUUUAGUUGAUUUAACAACCAAAACAACUAAUUCAUUUGAUAUUUACUGGAAUCUCAACUCGACAGUUCCUGUUUUUCUUUGCAUUCUUAUGUUUCCGUUGCUCAACUUCAAAAGCCCAACGUUUUUCACGAAAUUCAAUAGUUUAGGCACGAUUAGUGUCUGUUAUGUUGUGCUUUUGGUUAUUACCAAGGGUGCAACUUGGGGUGUGCAUAUUCCGGACUGGUCUUUUGAAUUUGACAUCAAGGCAAAUUUUUCUGCACUUAGUGGAAUGCUUUCUUUGAGUUUCUUCAUUCACAAUAUUAUUAUUUCAAUUUGUAAGAAUAAUCGCCACCAAGAAAAUAAUGGUCGUGAUUUAAGUAUUGCUUUCAUCUUGGUAACACUUACGUAUCUUAUCGUUGGAGUGGUUUUCUACAUUUGUUUCCCCAUGGCAAAAAGUUGUAUUGAAGAUAAUAUUCUAAACAACUUAUCAAAGUUUGAUACAAUGACAAUCAUCGCAAGAAUGCUACUGCUCUUUCAAUUGUUUACCGUCUUUCCACUGAUUUCAUUCAUGCUGCGUGUUAAUAUCCUGAACAACGCAAAAGCUAUCUUUGGCAAUGAAAAGUUUGGCGAAUUUACUUACACGAGAGUAAUUAUCUUAAAUAUCAUCGUGGUUGUGAUCUACACUUUUGCCUGUUUUCUUCCACAUAUCGGAACAUUAAUUCGAUACACUGGAGCUUUAAGUGGAAUGGUUUACAUAUUUACACUGCCUAACUUAUUGAAAAUUGCAGCAUUGAAACGUGAGAAUGCAUUGACAGCAUGGAAGUUUAUUUUACAUGCAGCCAUCAUUUGCAUUGGAGCUGCCAAUCUCGCAUUACAAUUCUUCGUCUCGUGAUUAUUAAUUUUGGAAAUUAAUAAUUAAUUUAUACACACUUUAUAUUGUUUUGAUCUGUUAUAUUAAUCUCUUUUGAGUCUUUUGAGAUAGACAAUUAGUUUAAUUUUUGUUGUGUGUCUGUGUGUUGUAAAAUGUUUGAAAAUGUUUUGAAUUGUAUACAUUCCUAUAUGUAGGAAGCAGUAUUAAUCACAUGUAUCGUGGCUUUUUUAAUGCCAGUAUAAAAUGAAUAAAUUUAUGUAGAUUACUA